AUGGACCAGCUCCAGGGGAGCCUUACGAUAGAAACGUUGGGGAAUAAAGAUGAUGCGAGUGAGAUUGAGAAAGCACAGUUGGGGAAUAAGGAGCACCUCUCACAUUUGGAAGUAUAUUUCCAUGAAGGUGAUGUAGAGCAGAGAAAAGGUGAUGAAGAAAUAGUGAAAGCAAUGCAACCACAUCAAAAUUUGGAAUCUUUAUGCAUCUGGGAUUGCCAUAUCGGCACCACUGAUUCUCUCUAUUGGAUCAAGUUCUUACACAAUUUGAGAAAAGUUGAUCUCAAUGUGUGGAGAUUUUGUGAAGUUUUACCUCUUGGAAAACUGCAGUCGCUUGAAAUUCUCAGUAUAUGGUGGAUUUGUAAAUUGAAAAAGGUGGGAGCUGAAUUUCUGGGAAGAGAAGAAGAAACUGAAACACUCAGAGAACUGCCAGACUUCCUCUACGAGAUAACAGCACUGCGUACUUUGGAGAUCAAGAAUUGUCCAAUUCUGGAAGGAGAAUAUGAAGAAGGCACGGAGUGGCACAACAUUUCUCACUUCCCAAACGUCUCAAUUGAAUCUGAAUGA